AUGACCAUUUCAUGGAAGCUGAUACUAUAUUACAGUGGAUAUAAAUAUGACAAGUAUCUUUCAAAUGUUGAUUUUGAAUUGAAAAGUGCCACGUAUAUUUUUUUGUCCACCUGUACUAAUCUGUUGACUCAGCUAACUAGCCUUGGACGGAAUUCUCAACGAAACGAGGGCUCAGCGAAGUUCCCAGGGCAAGCCAUAAGCCUGAAGGAUGCUACCAGCCAAGAACUCUUUACGGCAACAGAGCAGGAGAGAAACUUCCAACUUCGUUCAUCCCGAAAUGCCACAAUAUUUCAUCAUCCCACCUUGCACAAUUUUAACUUACCACAUUUAUCAGUAGGUGCAAAUGAUUCCGAACUUGAAGAGCGUAUACUUCAGCAUUUAGCUGCUGCUACCGCAAUGGGAAGAGCACAUCAUUUUGCUAGGAGGGAAAGCCAGCGGACAUCUUCAAAUAAAGGUCAUUCACCAUACAUGGUAUUCUCCCCCAACUCUGACAUUGGUCCAAGUGGUCCUGUUUCUGGCAUUACUUCCCAAAGAAGAAGAGAACAUGAGCGAAAUCCACUAGUUACUGGAGUUAGUCCAUCAGCACCGGUGCUCUUCCCAUUGAGGUACCUCUUCCAGUCGAUCUUCCUCAAUCAAUCGAGAUAGAGCUGGCCCGUCAGAUUUCCAAUCGUUUUCGGAAUCUCUAAAAUCUCGACUCAACUUAGUCUCAAUGAGGUACAUCUUAACUUCUCGAC